AUUAUCGGCGGUACUGUGACCAAGGUUUGUUUUGAGACAUGGCUUCAGCCACCAAACUAUGUUUGUUUGUUACAAUAUGUUUUGGAGCACUUUGUUGUAUUGCCGUUGAUGGAGAAAAGACUGCGGAUAUUGUUUACGACGUUUUAUCAAGCAGACUGGAUGAUCAUGUAUUUGACUUAAAAGCUGAUAUCCUGAAAAUUGAUAAGAGCACAAAGAAAGUACUGAAUGAUUUGGAACAUAGAAUGGCAGCGGUUGAACUGAAAUUAGGGAAUAUUGAAGAGAUGGUGGACAAAAAUUCUGAAAAGAACGCGUUAAAGGGCAACGGUGUCACUAACAAUGAUCUACAUACCCUUUUGGAAACAAAAAUAUCCAGCACAGUUGCUAGAGCCUUCAAAAGUGAAAAGAAGAACAUUUUAAAUAUUAAACAAAACUCUGACAUUGGACUGCAAAAGUUGUCAAAGGAAAUAAAUGAUAUGGAAAAGGCAUUUAAUAAGGAAAUUAUGUCAUUUCGACAAAACUGUUCCAACUCAUGCAGUGGAGAUAUUGAUGCACGCGGGAAACAGGCUAUAGGGUUUGUCAAGAACGCUGUCACGAAAAGGCCAGGAGGGAUUGUUACGCAGGCGAUUACACUAAGACCGAUCGAAGAGGAGUUUCUGGUCUUUACAGACAGUUUGAAACAUGCUAUUUAUCGGAUGGACAUAAACACACAGACCUACACAAAAAUUGUACAGCUCCGACCAGAACUCUCUAGCCCCAUCGCAAUAGAUUUUGAUCACGUGACACAGAAUGUGUAUUUCACUGACGUGAAGUUGAAACUCAUAAUCAGAUCGUCAACAGAUGGAGGAAAACUUAACAUCGCCAACCAGCUAUCUACAAAGUCCGUUCCAGACGGUUUAGCUAUCGACAGUCUAUCAAGGCUUCUGUUCUUCUCCGAUGUGGGAAAUGGUAUCAUUUCCGUUAUCAGCUUGGAAAACAAUAGGACGGCCGCAGUCAUUGACGAAGGCCUUCAAAGGCCAAGGGCAAUUGCUCUAAACAAAGUUCACAAGAAAAUAUAUUGGACGGACUGGGGAGACAAUCCAAAGAUUGAAAGGUCUAACUACGAUGGUUCCGAUCGAGGUGUCAUUGUCGCCACAGGAUUAAAGUUUCCAAAUGCCAUCGCACUUGAUACUGCACAUGAUAUCAUAUACUGGGCUGAUGCGGGCACAUGGAAGAUUGAAAGUGCAAACACAGACGGAAGCAACAGGAAGGUUGUGGCGUUGAACUUACUCAGUCAUCUUUUUGGCCUCGCUUUAUACAAAGACAACCUGUUCUACACUGACUGGACGCAGAAGUCAGUGAUGGUUCUUAGCACAAAGUCCGGACAGCCAGCACGAGCAUUUGGAAAAGCAAGUUUUGGUAGAUUAAACGAUAUCCAUGUUAUAUCACCACAGGAAAACGAUAAUGUGCGAGACGCAUGCCGCAAGAACAAUGGAGGCUGUGAUCACAUUUGUCUCCCUCUUGCACGUGGCAGAACAUGUAUUUGCCAAGAGGGAUUUGAACUGCAGACGGACAAAAUAUCCUGUAGAAGCAAUGUGAAAAUCCGACUGGCUGGUACCAAGUCUGCAAGUCAGGGAAGAAUAGAAAUAUCGGUCAAUAACGGAGUCACGUGGGGUAAAAUCUGCAAUGACCGGUUUGAUGACAAAGACGCAAAUGUGGUCUGUGGAAUGUUGGGUUUUCAGAGGUCUCACGCAAUACCGAAAGACAGUUCUUACUUUGGUGACACUAGUACAGGUAUAUCUGUUGUCCUGGACGACGUAGAUUGUAAAGGCAAAGAAGAAUCCGUGCUGGAAUGUAUGCACGCCCCGCUUGGUACGUCCCACUGUCUCAGCAACACGGACGCUGGAGUUAUCUGCGCAACAGAUGGUCAGCUUUACCUGUCUAAAUCACGAAGUCAAGGACAGCUUGAAAUAUUCUUGAACAACCGAUGGGGAAGCGUUUGUGACGACAAUUUUGGAACAACUGAGGCGAAUGUUGUGUGUGGUAUGCUAGGAUUGUCAAGGAGUGGUGCAGUUGUCAAGCCUGGUGCGGUCUUCGGCCAGGUCGCUACAACCAACUCGUCCAUACUCUUAGACGAUGUCAGUUGCUCUGGGUCUGAGUCCAAUAUUAUCCAGUGUCGACACAACGCCAUUGGGGUCAGUGAUUGUGGACAAUCGGAAGCCGUCGGCGUUAUCUGCCAAAAUUAAAAAUGACAACCUUAAACCGGCAUGUGUUUCAUUGAACCGGUUUAGGGCCGAAUCUGAAUUUCGUAAAAUAUGUAUAAUGAUAUGUAUAUUAGCAUUUGGCUUGAUCUUUUUUAUUUUUGUUUGAAUUGUCCCUCAAAUAUGGCUAAAGGUCGUUGAUGGGUUUGGAUACAAAUGCUUAAUGAAAUUGGCCGGCAUUCCUGGAUGCCACUGGCUAAACAUCCUUGAUUUCAUUAGCUAUUUAUUUGUGGAUUCCAUUGGCUUAAUUUGCUUUUGUGUCAUUUGCUGAACAUACUGACUGUAUGUGGCGAAAAGUGCUUGAUGUUAUUGGUUUAAAACCUUCAUGCCAGUUCUAACGGUCCCUUUUUUACAACAGGCUAAACGUAAUUGACCUGCUUUACGAAAAUAUAUUAUUCUAAUUAAGCUUGACAAAUGAUAGUUUUGUUACUGAACGUCUAGAAGUUUAUGUUGUUUUAAAUUAGAAUUAAGAGGCAAGCUGCUCAGGUUCGGAUUCCAGCGUUGUUAGGUGUAGACAAAGCGGCGGUAUACAUUUGGAGAACAUUGGCCUUAUCUUCCCUAAUUAAUUUUCGAGGAAAAAUGGCUUGCAGGGCUAUGGGUUGGAGUCUUGGACACGGAAUUAAACAUCAGCAGGCCCCAGUUUCUCGAAACUUCUUAAGCUUAACAGGCUUAAGUCACUUAUUUCAAUUAGCCAAAAUACGUAAUAAAAAUGGAUUUUGAUAAAUAAAAAAUGGUUUAUUCUGAUAAUCAUACAGAUUAUUCCUACAUAAUGUUUAGAUAUUCUUGAAGAAGUAAAUAUAACACAUUUUAUAGAACAAUAAAAAUAGUCAGAUUAGCUUAAUCGGACUUAAGAAGUUUCGAGAAAUUGAGGCCAGGUAUCUCCAUUUUCAGGUAUCUCCAUUUUAUUGUUGCGACAUAAGCUGUAUAUUAUUGAUUGCAUUGAAUUUUGAUUUGUAUGAUACUUAUUUGCUUCGUCUAUAGCGAUUGGCUACAUGGUCUUGGUAAAAUAAACAUUGUGUUUCUGAAUAUGCAUGGAUGUAUCAUUUCAAAGGAAACAACUUGCGCAAUCUAAUGUAAUACAUCUAAUCCAGCAUAUGUUUACUCGUUCAAUUGUUUUAAUUCUCAAGAACUUUCACUAAUUAAACUUCCAGACUAUACCAACAUUUUAUUUCAAUCAUAACUAUUUAUUCCCUUUCACCAGAAACAAUUUGUAUUACAUACUGCCAGAUACAAAUAGGUACACACUUACCAGUUUUACACUCUUUCGGUGUAUUAAUUUGUAAUAAUUGUUUCAAAGCGCAUGCCAAGUUUUGUUUAAAACAGUAAUAAAUGAAUUGGCUACAAAGAAUCUGGAAGUUAUAUCUGCUAAAGCCUUAUCUAAAAUAAAGCAUAUGCUUUACCGUGUUUAAAGUAAAAUUAAUAUGAGUUGGGUGAAGUGAUAUAUUUUUGAUUUAUAUAAUAAUUCUUGUUCUGUAUAGACGAGUCAAGAGAGUCUGCAAAAAAUCAUUGCAAAGUGGACAUUUAUUGUUGUAUUUGUAUUUAUAACAUGCUAUACACUGUUUCCGUUUUAAUGUAACUAUUGCGUAUUUCUUUUGUGUGCAAUAUAACAUUGCUCUUUUUCUAUACUAGAAAAUAUAUGUUUAUAUACUCCC